UUGACAGAAGAAUUUUUAAGGUACCGCGCACAAAUCGCUGGAUACGUCAAGCAGUUUUCUUAUGGAAGUGUUUCCAUAGACCUUCUCACCGUUAAGGGAGCUGGGCAUUUGGUGCCUUCAGAUCGGCCAGGACCAGCACUUCAAAUGUUUGAGAAUUUCUUGCGCGGUCAGGAUUAUAGCAAGGAAUUGCCAUUCAGCUAUCAGUUACAUCCUUUAAGGAAGGAGUAUCAGAUCCAGGAAACAGUAACUGCCGAGAAGAUCAAUGCGCCUGUUCUCAACGAUGGUUCGGCCAGUGCACUUAAACUGAAAUCCAGAAGAAUGGCUAAAAAUAACACGAAGGAAGCGGAUCUCGUUAAGGAAGGCGUAUUGCCUGGUCUGACUUGGGCACUUAAUUUCGCUCACUACUCUGGUUACUUAGCUGCCAGUCCAGGGAAUUACUUGCAUUACUGGCUUACCGAAUCUCAAAACUCACCAGCAAAUGACCCACUAAUACUUUGGCUAAAUGGUGGCCCCGGAUGCUCGUCAUUGGGUGGUCUUUUUGAAGAACUUGGCCCUUUCCAUGUUAACUCCGAUGGCAAAACCCUUUUUGAGAAUGUGUUCUCAUGGAAUAAAGUAGGUAACGUGCUUUUUAUGGAGGCUCCACGUGAUGUUGGGUUCUCAUACCGUAGCAGUGAUGUCAAGCCAGAUUCCUCAUAUAAUGAUGAUUAUGUAUGGGAUUCCAAAACAACAAUCCGAAUAAAUAGAGAAUCUUAUGGGGGAGUAUAUGUGCCAACAUUAACGCGUGCUCUGAUCAAGAAAAUCCAGAGUUUAUUUAGUGAUUUCGAUGCUUUGUCCCAAUGCUGCAACUCAACAACGCCACAGACCUACUGCGAUUUUGUCUCUUACAUCACACUCGAUGUGGCUGGUAACGCUUGGCCAAAGGUUAACGACAACUCUCUCAAUGGACAAUGCGGAAGAAUGGUGGUGCAGCAAGGCUUCAACGAUGUCUGGGAGACAGCAAACGAUGUGUACAAUACUUUCCAAGACUGCUACACAACGGCCUCUGAUGGUACAAGAUCUCGUCGAAAACGAAGUGCUGACAUGCCACCUUUGAUGAACACCAAGCCUUUUGUAGAUCAAGCUAAGAAAAUUAAUUACCAAUCGACAGAUGCCAAUAGCGGUUUUUCGUGCUUUAAUGGAGAUGCAACAGAAGCUUAUCUGAAUAUUCAGGCAGUUCGGGAUGCUAUUCAUAUUCCCGCCGGUGUACCAUACUGGACCGAUUGCAAGUAUGUAAGGCUCACUUAG